UAAAUAAUGUUAAUUGUCAAACUGACAUCCUUAAUGACCUAGUGUUCUGAGGUUGUGAGUUGUGACGUUUAUUCCUCCAAAAAUUGACAAAAAAAAGCUAAACCAAAGUAAACUCAAAACUAAUUCAACUAACUCAAAAUUAAUUUACCGUUUCAGUUUCUGAUAAGAUGUUUGGUCCUUUGGUGUUUGGCGAAAAUAAACAUAAUCACCAGCCUGAUUAUCAAACAAAAUGCUUAUUAUGCGAAGACAUCUUCAAUUUGAAGAUAUCAUUACCCCUAUUUUUAGCUCAUGCAUUCGAUGUACAUAAUAUAGUUAUUGAAGAUGUUGAAAGCAUAGAAAAUCUUCAUGAGUAUGUUACAUAUUGGCGAAACAAAUUUAAAUGCUCUCCAGCAGAGCAGAUUAUACCAUCUUUAAAUUUAGGCACAUCAAAUGAAAGAUACCUUGUAAUGUCAAGUCUGCUUAAAGAAGAUAAGGAUAUAAGACAUAAAUUGAAACUAGAAUAUGCCUUGAAGGUACAAGAAUUUGAGCGCAUUGAUAAGAAUUAUAUCAAACCUUGCAUAUUUUGCAAACUCAAUUUUGAAGGCACGAGGCAUGGAUAUUUAGAACAUUUAUCAGCACAACACAAUCUACAGUUAGGAAACCCACAGAAUUUAGUAUAUAUUACAGAACUUAUUGAAAUAAUCAGCAACAAAAUUUCGGAUUUACAAUGUAUUUACUGUGAGAAGACAUUUCCUGACAAGAGCGUAUUGAAAGAGCACAUGAGGAAAAAACUGCAUAAAAGGAUUAAUCCAUCAAAGACUGAGUAUGAUAAGUUUUAUAUUGUUAAUUAUUUGGAAGCAGAUAAGACUUGGCAAACCAUACAGCAGGAAGAUGAUAGAUAUGCAUUAUCUAGGGGAGCACAUGCAAAUUCAGAUGAAGAAUACUCUGAUUGGAAUGAAAAGGAAGACAAAAUUACAUGCUUAUUUUGCCAAUAUACAGACCUUAAUAUCAACACCCUCUGCUUACACAUGGAUGCAGAUCAUGAGUUUGAUUUUAUUAUUCUCACGAAAAAUUUGGACUUUUAUCAGAAAAUAAAGUUAGUUAACUACAUAAGAAAACAGAUGCACAAUAAUAAAUGUAUUUGUUGUGAUGAAUCAUUUACAUCAUUUUCAUUGCUGGAAGAACAUAUGAUAGCAGAAAAACAUUAUGAACUGCCUGAUUUGAAGGUGUUUGAUCAACCAGAGUUCUAUUUUCCCACAUAUGAGAAUGAUGCCUUUCUAUAUCUUAUUGAUGAUGUUGAAGAUUAAUUUUUUUCUGUUAUUCAAGCGGACAUACAUAUAUUUAUACAUUUAUUCCAACAGAAUAUUAAAAAAAGUUUAAUUACAGUUAUCUCUGUUGUAUCAUGUUACACAUUUUCCCAUGUUUAUCUAACUCAAUGGUGUUCAUAAAAUGCAUCAAUUUAGUGAAAAGCUAUGUAUAAGAUACCAUGGGAUAUAUUCGUUUUUGUAUAUUCUUUGAGGUAAGAAGAAGCAAAGACAUUUUCUGGCAAAAUUGAAAAAUUGAUGCAUGACUGUUGUGCAUUUACACAGUAUUUUUACCAUUUCCUGGCAUCCAUUGUUUUUCUAUGAUCACAAGUUUUAGAAGGGAUCCAGAAUGGGUACCUAUAAGAGUCCAUUGACUUACCCCAUAUUACAUAUCAUAACUAGGGAUGCACCAAAUAUUUAGUUUGUACUUGGUACUCGGCAUACUCGGCGUAUUUCACUGAGUAAUCUUGGUGUAUUAAAUUACUCAGCCUUGAUUUACACAAGCAUACAGCUCUCUCAAACGUUCCUGAUAUGUUCUCCAAGAAAUUGAUGCACCAUCAAAAAAUAGUUAGCAUAUUUUUGCAGGAAUUAGGGAACUAAUGAAUAAUUUCUUAGUAAAUGUUAGCUGCUUUAUGGUCUUUCUCCAGUAAAAACAUAAACCACUAUACAAAGUAAAGAAAAUGCAACGAAAGUCGAAAAGUAAAGUGAAUAACGAAAAUCUCGCGUUUUUGCAGAGAAAAUAUUUACCCAUAUGUAAGGAUAAUUAAGUUUGAGAAACCCAUACGAUUUUAAUUUGGUGUUGCUGAAGGCUAUGACAUCGCAGCGAUUCUAAUAGAUAUUUUUUUGUUUGAUCAGCUUUUGGCCUUUCGCUGCCCGUAUUAAAAAAGUUGUGCUUUAAGUUUUCGAUAUGAGUUAUAUUUUUGAAUGUGAUGUGAUUUUUUGUACUAGGAAGGACUGAAAAGUAAAUCAAAAACAACUAUUCCAAAAAUGUAAUGUCAAGAUAUAGUUUAGAUUUAACUCAAGUUGUAGUUAUUGAAUUCCAUGUCGACGAACGUAUAUCAAACUGUUGCAGUAUUCUUAAAUAUUUGGAAAACAACACUUAAAAAUACCGUUAAUACACUUAACGACGCACAACUUUACAAAAAAUGGUUUAAGCUAUACAACAGAAAAGUAAAUCAAUUUUAAGAAUGAAGGGACCUUUCAAAAACUCAAAUGGAAUCUGAAUAACACUAAGAUAAGCUGAAAUAAGCCAACACCAACUCCACCGAGUACCCGGUUCAUGGCUUUUUGAAAAAAGUAGUGCUCGAUUUGGUGCAUCCCUAAUCAUAAAGCAAACAAACUGCUUCAUUUAUGCUGUUGCAAUUCGCCAAAAGUAUACAAUAAUACAAUAACUGAAGUGGGAGUGACAGUUAUAAGUUUAUUGGGAAUUUUCAAGUUGCUAGUGUCAUAAUACUGUUAAUUAUCAUUUUAGAUAAUAACAAAUAAGCUUAAAAGACAAAUAUGUUUGACGAAACAUUAGAUAUGUGUAAACAUUUUGUAACAUAAUUGGCAACAAGUCAAAAUGGAAUAAAGAUCAAUAACUUUUUAUAAAAUAAGUACACGUAAUAUAAAAUAUUAUAUAUGUUACACCUGAAGAAAAUAAUACACUUUAUAUUUUCUUAUUUAUGCG